AUGCACGGCUACAAUGUCCAGGUCGGGGAAUGGGUCGGUCGGGACCAAUUCGUACCGAGGUACAAUGUGGCACCUCGGUCGCAAGCACCUGUGAUCAGGCGGGCGGACGACGCGGGACAGGGCACAGCGAGCAGCUCGUCUGCACGCCGCAUGCCGUCGUUGGAAGGGAAGGAGACGGAUGCGGGAGCCGUUGCAACAGCGGGAGAGACUGAGCCCGUGCAGGUGGUGAUGCAGACGAUGCGGUGGGGGCUGGUGCCGCACUAUAGCAAGCACGAGGACGGGUCGCUGAAGACGAUCAACGCGCGGUGCGAGGCGCUGAUGGGAGAGGGGCGAGGGAUGUGGGCGAGCAUCAAGGGGAAGAAGCGGUGUGCGGUGGUGUGCCAAGGAUAUUACGAGUGGCUGAAGAAGGGAAAGGAGCGGCUGCCGCAUCUGACGAAGGCAAAGGAGGACAGGCUGAUGCUGCUGGCUGGCCUGUGGGAUUGCGUGACGCUGGAAGGAAGCACGGAGCCGUUGUGGACGUUCGCGAUCGUGACGACGGGGGCAAGCAAGGAGUUGAGGUGGCUGCACGAGCGGCAGCCUGUGAUCCUGGCGGACGAACACGCGCUGUCCGUCUGGCUGGACACGUCGGGGGGCAGGUGGACGGGCGAGCUGAGCAGGCUCUGUGCGCCGUACUCGUCUGCAGAGCAUCCCCUCCUAUGCUACGCAGUGCCCAAGGAAGUGGGCAAGAUCGGGAACGACUCGCCCACCUUUGUGCAGCCGAUCGCCGCCCGCAAGGACGGGAUCGAGGCCAUGUUCGCCAAGCAGCUUCGAAAGGAACCGUCGACGCCUUCCCGCCCAAGCGCGCCCAAGCGGAGUCGAUCGCCGAGUGACGUGCAGCAGACAGUCGCAGCCGCAAGCAAGAAGGCCAAGGCGGAGAAGCUGAACACGUGGGAGGACGACUCGGAGAUCGAGUACGUCCACGAUCCCAGAACGGACUCUGACCUGCCGUCGUCCGCGUCCACCCCAAAACGUGCCCGCCAGAGUCCAGCAAAGAACCAGAAGCCCAAAGUGGCGGACCCGCAAACGUCUUCAGCCAAGAUUACGUCCUUCUUUCCCAAGAAGUAGCAUUUGUCUGUACCUUGUUCACAGAACGCCCGCCACCAGACCUCUUGCACCAUGUGCUUGGUCUCCUGGGUAUCAAGUCCGAACCCGAUAUGGUCGCUCCUACGAACGAUGUUCACCCGCAAUCCAUUGCGAAAAGCAUCAUGUACAUUAAAACGUGUGGUCUACCUCAGAAAUAUUCGCCGCUAGCCUCGGCUUCAUGAAGCUGGUAGCACAACACUUUUCG